AUGGCGUAUGUUAAUGUCGCUGAAUGGAAAACUGAUCAAGUGUGCGAAUGGUUAAAAGGCUUAGAUAAUUCUGUACUCCCUUAUGUGCACAGUUUUACAAAUCACAGCGUUAGUGGGCAACAGUUACUGAGUUUAAGACCUGAAGAUUUAGAACACCUUGGAGUAUUAAAACUUGGCCAUCAGGAAAUUAUUCUAGAAGCUGUAGAGUAUUUAAGGAAUUUUCAUUAUGAGCUCGAUCGUGAAAACCUGCAAUUAUUGGCAUUACGACUAUCCUGCCAAGCACAUAGUCUGCAGAAUGAGCUAUCCCGUGAAACAGAUUCUAAGCCUGUCACCACUCAAACUUUAUCUGAUGUAGCAUCUGUUAUAACAGCUGUAAAGCCUUUAGUGAGAUGGCUUGAUCGUCCUCCGUUUUCUGGACAGUUGGAAUAUAAUGAUAAAAAAACUGAACUAAUGAAACUAGCUUUGGAAAUGGCUACAUGUGCACAAAGAGAUAGAUUCGCAGAGAAGCCAAUAGAAGAGAUCAGAACAAUUUGCGGGCAACUGGCUAAAUUAGCAGAUUAUAUAAUACAAGAUAUAACUGAUCCUAUGAUAUUACAGCCGGCUAGUUUAGAUUUGGCUACAUUAAAAAAGAAGCCAGGAGAUGACUUAGGAUUUUAUAUUUUACCAUCGUUUCACGGAGCUCAUCAAAUUGCUGAAAUUAAAUUUGGAUCAGCUGCUCAUCAAUGUGGUAAAAUGGAAGAAGGAGAUGAAAUAGUUCAGGUAAAUUAUCAGACUGUAGUCGGUUGGGAACGAAAGAACCUUUUAGAAUUAUUUCGAACAUCAUAUACAACAAGAUGGCAACAUAAUCUUCCAUCACCAAGACCAGAAUUAUUGACCAUACCAGAUUUUACAAUGCCAUUACCAAGGCACAUGCCAAAGAAUCCGAGUCCAGAACCUGCAAGUAUUUUAGAUACAGUCAAUAUAUUAGACACAAUGAUCAUAGAUAGUAGUGACUCUGAUAGUGAAACAGAACCGCCUCUAUCAAUUCGAUUAUAUUCUACAAAACCAAGAAAUUCAGUUCAAAGACGAGCUACUAUAACUGGUGCUAGUCCCACUACUAAACAUGGAAUUGAUAUUGAACAAUUCUGGAAAGAAUUGAAGCAGGAGCAUAGUACGAGUUCUCAGUUACGGGACAAAGCAGCAUCUUGCGCUCACGGUUUAGAUAAUGUCCCUUCGAAUUUACGACCACAAUCGUGUUUGACUAUAGAACACAGUAAACGAAAGAAGAGGUCUGAUAUGCAAACUGACGAUAAAAAGUUGCAGUUUCAAGAAAAAUCUGUUAAAUCUGAUGUUCCUCAGAUAGAUAAUACAGUUAAUGUUAUACACGAAGCGAAGGAUGAAUGUAAAACUGUUCGAAAUUAUGAGGAAAUUUUAACUACUAAUAAUACUACAAUUUCCAGCAAAACAUCUCCAACAUCUGCUAAUGUUACCAAUAACAAUAAUUUCGGUGAUACAAGUGUGCCUUUAGACGAGUGCAACAAUUUUAUUAGAGAUAGACAUAGUAAUAAUAAGAAUAUACUAGGCGGUAAAGAAUCUAGUUCGUGUGCUGUUAAAGAGCGAGGUAAAUUGGAUAAGAGUUAUAGCACACCUGCAUAUGAUUUAAUGGACACUGACGAUGUUGAAGACAGAAAGCAAAAAUUAUUUUAUACGUUCCAGUCGUCUACAAAUAAUGUAAGCAAUGUAUCCACGAGUAAGACUGAUAUUGAAUUGAAUUCUACGAGUUUAGAUAAUCAACAAAAGUUAAAAGAUAUUGGUGAUCAGCAACAAUGUACUCACGUGGUCAUUGAUAAUAAUAUUAAGAGUGAAGAGCAAAAUAGUAAAGAACAAUUUGUUGAAACGUUUCAACACUCCGAUUUACCGAAAAUAUUUGUACAUAAGAUAAUCGAUGCGAGUCACGGAAACAGUAUAGAAAAUAACCAAAGCAAUAACGAAUGUAUUAUUUCCGAUGUAAAUAAAUACGACAAAAGAAAUAUAACGAAUAAUUCAAAUGCUGAAAUGGGAAAUACGUCACAGGCGUCUAACACUCAAAUUUUGGCAAGUAAUUCAAGUUCGAAAUAUGAAGUAAACGAAGAUAAGUCACAGUCGUCGUAUAAUUACGUACAAAAUAAUAUCGAGAACAAUACAAAUUUGAGUAGUUUUGGUAAAAUUCUGCAAACGUUCAAUUCCGUUCCAGUAGAACAUUCGAAGUUAGGAGAAAAAAAGUCUUCUAAUGUAUCGACGAAAGAAAGAACACCAGUCCAAGAACAAGUACGGACAAAUUGUGAUUUGGAUUCUGCUGAAGAUGACAUACAGAAAAUUACUCAAAACAUUCCUCAAAUACAGAUCAGUCAAAAAAUUCAGAAUGAUAACACAAAAAUUAAAGAUGCGGUUAAUCAAGCAAAGACGGUACUACCAGGCAAAUACGCAGAGCUAACUAAGACCGACUCUACUAAGAAGCUAGAACCUAAAUCUCAUUUAAUACCUCCAGACCCCCCUCCACGUAAAUAUUAUACAAAGUUGACGACAUCACAUUUUGAUAAUGCUUCAAAGGCUUUCGAAGAUCAAGAAAAACUUUAUGCAUCUCAAAGACCUAAUGUUAGAAGAGAUUUAAAAAAGCCAGAGUAUUAUGCGGAAAAUCAUAUUAAAAGCAACAUGGAUCUUCAAGAAAAGCAAGAUUAUUUAGACGCUUGUAAUAAUUUUACAGAAAGAUCAAUCGAAUACAUUGAUGAAGUAAACAAUUUAGGUAACGAACGUAGACCUAGCUCAAACCUGGAUUCUUUAUUUGUAGAAUACAAUGAUAAGCAGGUAAAAGAAGACAAGUCUAUCUGUGAUAAGUAUGAACCUUUCGGUGAAAAAUAUGGUUACGCGAGUUCGACAAUGGACGGCCAUAAUCCUGAAUUAUAUUCGCAAACUAUGGAUUCUCUAGAUGGUUCAUGCUCUUCAAAGCAAUUACAAUCCCUAGAACAUAAACUUAAAAAUUCGGAAAAAGAGAAACAUUUAGAAAAAGGUGUGGUUAACAAAGCUAUGAUGGUAGCCAGAAGUAUUGGACUACAUGGAAGUUUAAGUAAAUCUUCUAGCAGUAGUCCCAGAAGUAGUAGGAAACGGAGCAUAUUGUUUGCAAGAAGGAGAAAUAUUUCCGUUAAAGAUAUAGGUGCUGGUGAUUUAGAAGGGUGGUUAACUUAUCGUACAAGAGGUGCUGGUGGUGCUUGGGCUAAAGCUUGGUUCGUCUUAAAAUGUUCUUCCUUAUACAGAUUUAAAACUCAAACCAGUAUGAAAGCAGAUUGCCUCAUAGCUUUGACUGGAUUCACCGUGUCGCGAGCGUUCGAAGUAAAGUCUAGAAAAUUUGCGUUCAAAGUUUACCAUACAGGAACGGUAUUUUAUUUCGCUGCAGACACGGAAGACUCGCUUACUUUGUGGUUAGAGGCAAUUAACAAAGCAACUUUGGGCACCGAUAGUCAUAGUAGAAAUAGCGCGCUUUUCAGUGAAACGGACGAGAGCGACGGCGAACAAAAACCGAAAGUUAAAAACGCUCAAACACUAGAAUAUAAACCAAAUUUGGAAAAAUCGUUCGGGUCGUUGAACAAAGUUGUUCGCAAGGAUUCUUCUGGAUACAAGGAUCAUGAAAUGAGCGGUUCCAGCUUGGACAGGAAAUAUUUAAAAUUUCUCGGUACAAGAAAUCAUAAUGUACCAGUACCAACGGCACAAUUUCGAAGUUACAGAAGAGUACUUCCCACAUCUACCCCCAACAAGAAACAAGAUUCUGUCCUGAACUCGUCAGACUUACAAAUGACAAUUGCAGGAAGCACGUUUUAUGGAUUGUGCGCAUCUCAAAGUGCUACGGAUAUGUCGAGUAGUACUCAAGAUAUGGGGGAUUAUAGGCGCACAACGGACAGGUGUGUUACUAGCAGAAACAGAAGACCGGACGAAUUACAAGGUUUUAUCACGUUAGAGGAAUUUAUGUUGUCGCAACAAGACGAUCGGGGACAAGUAACAAGAAAUAGAUCGGUAUCACCGCAUAUAACACCAUUGACCAGCGAUCAUGUUCAUGUUCAGCACAGAAAUUUUCAUGACAGCGGAACAGUUAAUGAACAAUCUAAAACUACCACCGAGGCAGUGAUCAGUAAUAAUGUUGUACAUGCCCGAAGUAAAAAUAAUGGUGAAGUAGUAAAUGCUACUACGUCAUACGGAUAUGCGAGAAAUACGGAUAGUUUACACGCACGGCAGUUAAGCGGCGAUUUCGAUUCGGAGAGAAGCGAAAAUAGGGGAGAAUCGUCAAAAUAUUCAACCCAGAAGAAAUCAAGUGAGCCCAGUUACAUGCACAAAAGAAACGCAGCGGAAGGCUCAAGUUCUCAACAAGUGAAACCUUGCGAUUCGACUCAUUUGAGAAAUGUUACAAGCGAUUCGAAGCAAUCAACUUCUUUCUACCAUAGUAAAUCAGAGAUGGGUGAACAGUUGGAUAGACAAGCAAGUACGGUUUGCGACUAUAGUUCGAAUGCUUGCGCGUAUCCUCAACCUUUAAAUCAUCAUGAAACCUCUAGAUCGUAUGAUUAUUAUUCAGUAAAAAAUGUUAGUAAUUUCGCGGAGGAUAUGAAAUCAGUGCCUAAACGACUUGUUCGAAAUGACGGUUGUUCUGGAUCUAGUACCGAUCUCACAUAUCACGCCUCGUACGAAACAUUACAACGUGCGAAGAAAGAGGCAACCGUGAGUCGCAAGGGAAGCUUCAACUUAACGAGUCGCCGUGAUCAUUCGUUCUCGGAUAAGCAUUGGUUGGAUUCUUUGCGACGAAGCGAUAAGAAGGAUACCGAUUCUGAUAAGACGCGUUUGAAAAAUGUAGCGCAGUAUCAACCGCCGCCAAUUCCGACAUCCCCGUUUGAACAAGAAGGAAUGACAGCUGCGUUCGAAAUGCAUUUGGAUAAACGUGAACAGGUCCAAAAGCCAAGUCGUUUGAGAAAUUUAUUUGGCAAUAAAUGUCAGCAGAAACCUUGUACGCUUGAUCUACCCAAAGAAACGCAGAAAACUUUGCUAGGUUCUCCAAGAUUACAUAGAGCACUCUUCCGUGAGAAAUGUUACAAUCAAACACGAUUACCUAGCCGUUCCAAUAGCCAAAGUCCUGGUGAUAGUGGGAUCAGUCAGUCUGUUAGUUCAUUCAGCGGAAAUAGUCCACAAACACUCAGUCAAAGCUUCACUUCAGUUAGUUCUGUUAGUGAUUGGAGUCCAGAUACGCCAUCACCAUGCACUGCAAACGUAACAUCAAGUAGUGGUGCAAGUUAUCCUGCAUGUCAAAAAGGAUUCACUGGCACGGGUAGACAUUCGUUAAAUCCGCCGACAUUACCUUACAUACCACCACCCACAUCACCACCGCCUGAUUAUCCUGGUUUAGAAUAUCCACCAGUGUUCGAACCUGGUACUUAUUCUCUCUUGGAUGCUUCGUUACUGCGUAAUCGGAGUAAAAGAAAUCGAGACACUCAUUAACCGAUGAUAUCAUACUUAGUUCAUUGAUCUACACGAUAAUAGCCAAAGAUAAUUUUUU